CACACGACUGAAAAAAAAAUUUGGUAUGAAAAAAAAUUUAUAAAACCUCUUCGAAAUGAUGAUGAAAGCUAUUCAUCAAGUGAAAACUAUACAGUAUUAUAUGUCUCCCAUAUAACAACCAAUGUCAUUAAUAAACAAGGGAUUGACUAAUCCCUUGAUAAAUACAUAUUGGUCCAGACCUCUUUUGUUACAGUCAUCGAGCGUGCCGGUACAAUGGAUACGGUUUAAACAUAAUCCACGUAAACCACCACCCACUGUCAGGAAAGUUAAGAAAAGAAAAGGUUGGUUAACUGAAGAAGAUCCCAAUGCUCAUAAUCCAAGUUAUAAGGUAGGUACCUUUCUGAAUUUGCUUUAUCCUUCAAAAAAGACUUUUGAAACUUCAUCAACUGGAUUGGACAGUAUUAAAUCAUUCAAUGAUUUAAGAAUCUUUCCUACUGUCAGGGAAGCUAUGAUUCAAGAAAUUAAACUGCAAUAUAAUUUAAAAGGUCCUCGUCAUAGUUCUAAAGAAGAACUUGAGAUCAAACCUACCCCAUGUCAAAUUGCGGUGGUACGGAAGGUGAAUCAGCCCAGAAUAACAAGUAACUUCUUGAAAAGAGUGGGCGAACCAAUGACAACUGAAGAAGAAAUUGAUUUUGAAUAUAAGAAACAAAAUGAAUUGAACAAGUUGAAGAUGUUUGCUUUAGCUUCAGAAACGGGUUCAGGUAAGACUUGGGCAUAUUUAGCUUCGAUUCUCUCGAAGUUAAAGGAAGAUGAUAUGGAAUUAUUUGAUCAAGAUCCUGAAAGACUUGAAGAUGCAAAAUGUCGAAAAGUGAUUCGGUCAGUGAUAUUAGUUUCUACUCAUGAAUUAGUCGAGCAAAUCUCACAGGUUAUUGAAAGAGCUAAUAAAAUCGACUUUGAUUUGAAAAACGUUCCAAAAUCAUUCCAGAAUUAUAUAGAUGGAACUAAAGAUAAAGAUGGUAAGUCUAAAUUGAACAUUCGUUUAUUUAAAUGGCAACAUGGUGAUCCUCACACUAAAUUAUUCCAUGCCUUAAGAACGGGUAGAAUAGAUAUCAUGGUUACUACUCCCGGUAAGAUUGCAGGACUUCAAAAUCUUGAUCGUGAAUCAGAUCCAUUCAGAGUCGUAAGAAAUGUUAAAUAUUGUGUGGUUGAUGAAGCUGAUACUUUGUUUGAUAGAAAUUGGAUUGAUGAGACUUUAAGAGUAGUUAGAACUUUUGGAAGUGUCACUGAUUUAAUUUUCUGUUCUGCUACUAUUACUAAAGAGUUUAAGAAUAAUUUGAACAAGACUUUCCCUCAAGCUAAUUCAAUCAUUGAGAUUGUUACUCCUUCAUUACAUAAGAUAUCACGUAAUGUAAAGAUCAGUGUAAUUGAUGCGAGAUUAGCUCCAUAUAACGGAUCAGUUAUGAGAUGUUGUGCACAAGCAUUAUAUUCCAUUAUUAAAGAUGGAACUGAAGAAGGAUAUGUUAAAAGAGCUGUUAUCUUUGUCAAUCAGAAAGUCUUAGUGAAUGGGGUGAUUCAUGCUUUGACUAAAAAGUAUCAUUUCCCAGCAGAUGAUAUUGUUGGAUUGAAUGGAAGUGAUUCAAUUGAAGAUCGUUUAGAGAUCUUAGAUCCAUUUUUAAAACCAGCUGAAAAACUUGAUAAAGAAGAUCCAAAAGCAUCUAAAAUGAAAGUUUUAGUUACUACUGAUUUAUUAGGUAGAGGUGUUGAUUUUAAUGGAUUAAAGAAUGUCAUUAUUAUUGAUUUACCUAAUAGUUCGGUUGAUUUAGUGCAUAGAAUAGGUAGAACUGGUAGAAUGGGUCAAUCGGGUAGAGUCUUGAUUAUUGUCGAUAAGAAAGGACCAAAGAAUAAAUUAGUUGGUAUUCCUCGGGCUGUAUUAAAAGGAAUGCCAAUUGGUUAAGCAAAUUGUAUUUUUAAUUAACAAAUAAAGGGUAUGUCAAUUAUUUUUAACAUGUUUUGUCUUUCAUUGAUUGGGAUUUAAAUUUGAAUUAUCUGAUUAUUAUGAUGAUUUAAAAGAUUUUUUAGACGUUAGACUUCCGAAAUACUAUUGAGGAUACCGUCUUGAGAUAGCUGAUUCAUUAGAUAAUUUCAAAUUGAAUUCAAUCAAUGUAUUAGACAAGUAAUGCUUUCACUUUUGAAAAGUAUCAUAAUACUAACAAUGAAUAUGUCUAGGAGUCUAAACCUCUUUUUUACA